AUGGAGACUGAGGACCGGGGAAGUCAAGGUGCCCACAAGAAGCACUGGGCACAACUCCAAGCCCAGGCUUAUCUGACUUACCCACUGUACCUUGGACAACUGCACUUAGAAACUUCUGAAAGGCCUGGGCCCCUGGGGUGCCGCCGCAUACUCCCCCAACAAAUCUUUAAGGACCACCCCGCUCAACAGCUCUUUAGGCCCGAAGCCUUCCUCGUCUCCCUGGGCCCAUCGGGCACCCCGCUGUUUGCCCAUCAGGGUGACCAUGUGUGGCUGGAUUCUUCCUCUGCCAACAAGACCAGUGUGGCCAUCGGGGGCAUCAUCAAAGAAACAAAGCCAGGCAAGGUUUUGGUUGAGGAUGAUGAGGGCAAGGAACACUGGAUCCAAGCAGAGGACCUCAGUGCCCUCAGACCCAUGCAUCCCAACUCAGCUCAGGGUGUGGACGACAUGAUCCGCCUGGGGGACCUGAAUGAGGCGGGUAUGGUGCGCAACCUCCUGAUCCGCUACCAGCAGCACAAGAUCUAUACGUACAUAGGCUCCAUCCUGGUGGCCAUGAACCCGUUCCAGGUGCUGCCCCUGUACACCCUGGAGCAGGUGCACCUGUACUACGGCCGCCUUGUGGGCGAGCUACCCCCGCAUGUUUUCGCCAUUGCCAACACCUGCUACUUCAACAUGAAGAGGAACAAGAGGGACCAGUGCUGCGUCAUCAGUGGCGAGUCUGGGGCUGGGAAGACGGAGACCACCAAGCUCAUCCUGCAGUUCCUGGCCACUGUCAGUGGCCAGCAUUCGUCAAUUGAGCAGCAGGUCCUGGAAGCCAACCCCAUCCUGGAAGCCUUUGGAAAUGCCAAGACGAUCCACAACGACAACUCAAGCCGCUUCGGGAAGUACAUAGACAUCUACUUCAACCCCAGCGGGGUGAUUGAGGGUGCGCGCAUCGAGCACUUUCUCUUGGAGAAGUCCCGGGUCUGCCGACAGGCCCCGGAUGAGCGGAACUACCACAUCUUCUACUGCAUGCUCAUGGGGAUGAGCGCCGAGGAGAAGCAGCUGCUGUGCCUGGGGACGGCCUCUGAGUACCGCUACCUGACCACGGGGAACUGCACCUCCUGUGAGGGGCUCGAUGAUGCCAGAGACUACGCUCAUGUACGCUCAGCCAUGAAGAUCCUCCUGUUCUCUGACUCUGAGAACUGGGACCUCAGCAAGCUGCUGGCAGCCAUCCUCCACCUGGGGAACGUGGAGUUUAUGGCUGCGGUGUUCGAGAACCUGGAUUCCUCAGAUGUGGUGAUGGAGAUGCCUGCCUUUCCCACUGUGAGGAAGUUACUGCAG